CAGUAGCGCAAAUACACCGUCUUAGUACAAGCGGGAAAAUAUCAAAACGCACAACCGCCGCUGAAACGGAAAGCCAUCAAUUCGCAGCAGCAGAUGACGCUGUAGCAAGACGCUAUGCUCCUUUGAUACCAACAGUCAGUGAUACAUGCGCGCAGAUACACAGGCCUAGUACAAGCGGGAAAAUAUCAAAACGCACAACCGCCGCUGAAGCGGAGAACCAUCAAUUCGUAACGCCGGCAAUUGUACAUAAGGGCGUUGCUAGGUCAUCAGUUAUGGCUGUGCAUAACGGCUGUAUCGUCCCGAACAAACGAAAGCCAGCUCGACCAAGAACGAAUGAGAGAAGUCAUAAUUCAACAUUUACAGAUCUGAAAAGAAAAUUGUCAUAUUCCGAAAAUGAUAAGCCGCAACGGAGAAGGAUCGCGUUACAAACUGUAUCAUGCGUAAGUAAUGAUGUUGCUGUAACAUCAAAACACACAGCGUUUAACACUGCAGACCGGGAUGUCGCUGGUAAUACAAAGACUGUAAAGGUUAAGAGGGCAUCGCGUCUCUCAAGAAGUAAUGUUAAGCAAUUGUCGCAAUCCGCUGUAAUCACAAUUCCAGAUACACAGGUUUGUUCUGAAACAGAAACAAGGCACAUAGCAGGCAUUGGUUUGUUAUCAAAUAUUGACUCAAGAAGUAAUGUUAAGCAAAUGUCGCAAGCCGAUGUCAUUACUAUUACCGAUACACAGGAUUGCUCUGAAACAGAAACAAGACACAUAGCUGGUAAUCCUGUGAUAUCAGAUAUUGAUGACAUAAAUGGGCAAGAGCUUAUUACAAACUGUGUAGAGUCAACGACACAAGAUCCGCAGAAUAGUUCUGAUGAAGUAUUAUCAGCCGUUGCAGGAAUACCUGGUGAUACUACAACGGUUGAUUGUGUAACAUCAAUUCCCAAUAUUUUUACAACGACAGCCCUGGUACACGCAUCGGCUGAUGCUUGUGUACCGGCGCGAGGGCUAGCGCCCGACAUAGUUGAUGAAUGUCAAAAUUCAGAACAAUUAGGCCAAGACGCUGAAAUACAAUUUUACGCGUUGUUGGGUAAGAUACGGGAAGAUGUUGAGAACAUGGGCGUAAAAGCCGGAUACUUGUUAAAACACAUUAAAGGUGUGUGCCACGGUAGUAAAUGUAAACAAGACAUUGUUAAAGAAGUUGUUGAGACGUAUAUGAAUGUCAUGUCAAAAUACAUAGAUCGGUCGGUUAAGACAACUGAAUUUAUUAAAGCCAACAUACAUCAUUUUGCAGAAAUAAAUGAAACUGAUCCGUGACUAGGCAUGCUAGGCAAUGGUUUGAAACGUGUUUUAAAUUUAAAUGCCUGUAAAAAAAAAAAAAAACCACGAAUUAAACCUUGUUUAACAUACAA